AUGUUGGCUGUAGCGGAACUGGAUAGCUACCUUCGGUCCAUGCUGGCUUUGAAGCCUCCCGGGAUUACAGGCUCCAAGGUUCACAGUAUCACCAGACUGUGCACCGCCAAUGUUCAAGAUGAACCCGUUCUCAUCCAAAAAGUCUACACCCACUUCAAGAAGGUUCCCGCCACCCACAAGCUGGGCGAUCUCUAUGUGGUCGACUCUAUAGCCCGGCAUGGGUGGACGCCACUCGCAAAGGCUGGCCGGUCUCCACGAAGCGCCGCGCCGGAUGGGACCUACGCUGGUGGUGUCGAUCGAUUGACCAAGUUGUUGCCCGUGUUGAUGACCGACAUCAUCGACAAUGCCCCGCAAGAUCAAAAGGAAAAGAUCAAGAACCUUGUCGACAUCUGGGAGUGCUGCUGCUCCUUCCCGCCCUCCUAUGUUCAGUCCACCACGUCCAAAGGCUCACCGCGCAGCUUCAAGCCUGCCAAUGGCUCGCCCGCGGCAACAGAUACCAUCGGCGAACUCAAGCCGCUGGCCGAUAUGGCUAAACAGAGCGCGGUGACGUCUGCUUCUCCCAACCCGCUCGCUACCCUGACCCCAUCAGCCGCGGCUCUGCAUCUUGUCUCAUCUGUCGAUUCAUCUCCCCUGCCACCCUCAACGGCUAACCCAUACACAGGUGUUGCUGCUGGUGCUGGCGCCAUGGUCAAUCCAUUUGCCACUCUUGGUGCUGUUGGCGAGAACCUUGCCAUACCGCAGCCCCGCGGCCAUAGCCAGACCCUGAGCCCAUUGGUAGCAAUGCUUCCGCAGUGGCCAGCCGCCGCUCCGGCGAUGGAUGGAAAGGCGAUGUCACGGCAGAUUCCCCCGCUGCAAUUACUGUCGCAACAGGGCAUCUCGCAGGACCAGUGGGUUGCGGCCCUGCAACUCGUCACUAUAGCCGAUACCAUGGGUGCUGCCAACCCCGCUCAGCUUCCUGGAUUUGGCGCGAUACCCUGCCAGGGCUCUGGUGGCGGGGGCCACCCGGACGUGCAGAACCGUGUCGACAGUGCUCGCGGGAGAGAUCGUGACCACUCUCGCUCUCCUCCCGCUGGGUACGGCUGUCCUUCUCACCUGCCCGGUUGGGACCGACGUCAACUGCCUCGCCGCCUCGCCGCCACGAUAGGCCGAGGUCGUCGGAGUAACGAAUACCGUAUACGUAGUCCUCCGCACUGGAAACGCUUGUCUCAUUCCCCGCUGCGGAAAGACCAUAAUCUCCCCUCGUCUGGUCCUAAGCUCGUUGAGUGGGACUCUUCCAUCGGCCCGGGUAACAUCAAGGUUCUGAGCCGCACCCUCUUCGUCAGUGGUAUCUCCUCUGAGGCUCACCUCCGUUCCCUUUUCAACAAGUUCGGCAUCGUUCAGACCUGUAUUGUCAACAUUAAGAAGCGUCAUGCGUUCAUUAAGAUGAUUAGCUGCCAGGAUGCGGUGAGAGCUCGCGAUGAAAGAGAAUCAUUCCGUUCAGGCGAGCUGCAACUCCGCACCGGGUGGGGCGUUGGUUUCGGCCCGCGUGACUGCAGCGACUAUCAGACCGGCAUCAGCGUCAUUCCAAUCGAGCGACUUACCAAUGCGGAUCGCAAAUGGCUGCUCACGGCGAAGGACGGUGGCACCGGAGGUCGUCCCAUUAAGUCGGGAAUGGUUGUCGAGGAACCAGACAUCGAAAUUUGUGCUGGCUUCUCAUCCAAGGCGAUCGGUCGACGCAUUGCGGCUAGCACCGGCGGUUGCGGCGGACGUCCAGACCGUAAUGGUUUUUGCUUUCGCCGCAAUUGA